AUGUCACUGAGGCGUUUCCUGAGUUUGGUGAGCAUCUGUAUGCUUUGUAAAGGUCAAGAAAGUGAGUGCGACAACUUCACUGAUCUGUAUUUCCAUGAGUCGUUCAUGGGGACAUAUCUGGAUGUUCGUCUACUCCUCUACACCCGCGCCAUCCUAGAGUGUGGUCAAGAGCUUCCCCACCAUAACUUCUCUCAACAGCCCCUGUUUGACGUGACCAGACCCACAACUUUUGUCAUACAUGGGUACCGACCAACAGGUGCACCACCCAUCUGGAUCAACCACAUUGUGCACCUGCUAGCAGCACAGAAAGACAUGAACAUCCUCGUAGUGGACUGGAACAGAGGCGCUGCCAACCUUAACUACUUCACAGCUGUGGCCAAUACACGUCGUACAGCUACAAACAUCACUGGUUUCAUAGAGGGCAUGGUGAAAGAGGGAGCAUCACUUGACUCCAUCCACCUGAUUGGGGUCAGCCUAGGUGCACAUGUGGCUGGGUUUAUUGGGGCGAUGCUGGGUGGAAGAGUGGGCAGAAUCACAGGUCUUGACCCAGCGGGGCCAAUGUUUGCUGGUGUUCCCCCUGAGGAACGCCUUGAUCCAACUGAUGCCCAGUUUGUUGAUGUGCUGCACACAGAUAUGAACUCCUUUGGCCUUAGAGGAACCCAUGGCCAUAUUGAUUUCUAUGCCAAUGGAGGAUUAGAUCAGCCCGGUUGUCCCAAGACCAUCUUCUCAGGGAAAUCUUAUUUCAUGUGUGAUCACCAGAGGUCUGUUUUCCUGUACCUGUGUGCUCUGAAUCACACCUGUAACCUUACAGCAUACCCCUGUUCCUCAUACGUUGAUUUCCUGAUUGGCCAGUGUUUGCAGUGUGAGACCUUCAAGCCUGCUUCCUGUCCUGUUCUAGGUUAUGACAUGAGUCAGUGGAGAGAUACGCUAUUGAGGUUGGGGCAAACAAGAGCCUUUUUCUCAACUACGGCAGAACUCCCCUACAACAAGACAAGCUACAGAGUGGAACUAGUAACCUGGAACCAGUUUCUUCGCUGGGGAGUGGUCAUACUCCGCUUGCACAAUGGAAAAAAUUUAUUAGAAACAAGGAUUGAUCAUAAGCUGUUGCGAUUUGAGCAGUAUACAUCCACUCGACUACUUGCACAGUUUGAUGAAGACCUAGAUCCAAUUCAUAAAAUCUAUUUGCGGAUUGUCACUGGGAACAUUAUCGGACCCUGUUACAAGAUAAGGCUGCUUCGUAUUCGGAUAUCACCACUGGAAAAGCUGAACAGGUCACCAAUGUGUCGAUAUGACAUUAUUCUAGAGGAGAAUGCGGAGGUGUCCUUCAAACCUUUGCCCUGUAAUUAAUCUAAUUUGUGAGAAAUCACCUCAAAAUGCCUCUCUCAACUCAGAGCCAUUUUAAGUAGGAUUAAAAAGUUCCAGGCCAUAAUUUCAAAGUUGGUCAGCACGUGAUUGUCUGUGUUUAAUAGGACAAACACACCUAGAAAGUUAAGAGGUAUUGGUUCAAAUGUUCUUUAAGUGAGGACAACAACAUCUCACAUGUGUGUGUUAAAUAUCUGAGACACUUUUAAAACACUUGAUACAUUUAGUGCCUUGUGUGUGUGCGAUAUUACUGCUGUGAUUUUCCAGAGCAGUUGUAUAGUUGUAUUCGAUCUGUUAUUCCAGAUGCUGCAUUCAGGGAAGUUUUGCUCUGUCAGAUUAUAUUUUCCUUACAAAUGUUAUUAAAACAACUUUGUAUUUUUUUUUAUAUAUUUUAUCUGUUGAAAUUGUUUUUUUUUUUUUUACUGUACAGUCAGUGUAUGGUUUGUCAUUACCGAUAUAAACCAAAUAUUCUACUGUAUAGAUGUUUAAC